AUGAAUCCUCAUAGUCUUUUAGCUUCUGCAGCCAUAAACAUAGGACUAGCUUUCAUAACACUAUCACUUUUCUCCAUCCUCAAAAAGCAACCAUCUCUUGCUUCCAUUUACUAUGCACACCGUCUCUCACACCAUCACUAUAUCCCUUUUGAUUCUUCCUUUCAUCGUUUCCUUCCUUCCAUUUCUUGGAUUUCUAGAGCUUAUCAUGUCACUGAAGAUGAUAUCCUUCAAUCUAAUGGACUUGAUGCUCUUGUCAUCAUUAGACUCUUCAAAUUUGGCAUCAAGUUUUUUGCUGUGUGUUCUUUUGUUGGGUUGGUGGUACUUGUCCCUAUUAAUUAUGAUGGUGUCAAAGAAGUUAGUGAUAUGAGCUACUCUACUAUGGAUUCUUUUACUAUAUCCAAUGUUAGAAGAGGUUCUAGAAGGUCAGAUUUAUUUAUUUUCAGGCUUUGGGUGCAUUAUGCAUGCUUGUGUUUCAUAUCUUUCUAUGGGAUGUACCUACUUUAUAAGGAAUAUGAAGAAAUUUCGAUUCGAAGAAUUCAACAACUUCAAAAUUUAAAGCAUAGACCUGAUCGAUUUACUAUCAUAGUUCGUGAAAUUCCAUUAUGCAUUGAACACAAGGCACACGACUGUUGUGUUGAUCAUUUUUUCUCUAAACACUAUCCAAACACUUUCUAUUCCUAUCAAAUGGUGUACAAUACUGAAAAUCUUGAUGAGUUGAUGAACCAGACCAAGUCUCUUGCAAGAAAAAUAGAGGACUUGAGAGAGACUUCCAUGACCAAGAAACAUAAGAAUAAGUUGCCACUCUUGAACUUUUCACAACAGACUUCAAGUUCAAAGGUAGAUAUGCUCGAGGAAAAGCUUCUUGCACUCUGUCACAAGAUUCACCAGUUACAAUGCAAAGACAUGCUCAAGAAAAAGGAGUUGCCUGUCGCUUUUGUUACAUUCAAGUCGCGUUCUGCUGCUGCAGUAGCAGCUCAGUUGCAACAGCAUACACAUCCACUUCUUUGGGUCACUGAACUAGCCCCAGAACCAAGAGAUGUUUCAUGGAGAAAUUUGAGAGUAUCCUACAGAGUCGUUCCACUUUAUAGACUCGGUGUUGUCAUUGCAGCAUCAUUGCUUACAAUUUUCUUUGCCAUACCAGUUACGGCAGUUCAAGGAAUAGCGAAAUAUGAAAAAUUGAAGAAAUGGUUUCCUCCAGCUAUGGCUGUGCAGUUGAUACCAGGAUUAAGCUCUAUAGUGACAGGAUAUCUUCCGAGUGUUGUACUUAAAGGAUUUAUAUACAUUGUGCCAUUUGCAAUGUUUGCUAUGGCUAAAGUAUCUGGAUAUGUUUCAAGAAGUAAGGAAGAGAUCAAAGCCUGCAACAUGGUUUUCUACUUUCUAGUUGGAAAUGUGUUCUUUGUGAGUGUGUUAUCAGGAUCUCUCUUUGAUACAAUCGGAAAAUUUAUUAGCCAUCCUAAAAUCAUUCCAAGUCAACUUGCUACAGCCGUCUCUGCGCAAGCAGAUUUCUUUGUGACAUACAUCUUGACAGAUGGACUAUCAGGGUUUUCUUUGGAAGUUCUUCAACCUGGCUUAUUGAUUUGGGAUAUUUUGAUGUCCUGUACUAUUGGAUGUCAAAGAGAGAAAAAUCCUUAUCUUUAUUCAUUGCCUUAUUUUAGAAUUAUCCCUUUUGUCUCUCUCUCAAUACUAAUUGGCUUAGUGUAUGCCGUAGUGGCGCCAUUGCUGCUGCCUUUUCUUAUUGUCUACUUCUGUCUAGGCUAUGUUGUCUAUAUCAACCAAAUUCAAGAUAUGUAUGAAACUACUUACGAAACAUGCGGACAAUAUUGGCCAUACAUUCAUCACUACAUUCUCCUUGCAAUCAUUCUGAUGCAGAUUACCAUGAUUGGCCUAUUUGGACUCAAGUUAAAACCAGCCGCUUCCAUAGCAACCAUACCAUUACUUUUGUUCACACUGAUGUUUAAUGAGUACUGCAAGAUGCGCUUUCUCCCUUCCUUUCACCAUUAUUCUCUCAAGGAUGCGGCUGAAAAUGAUGAACUUGAUGAAAAGUGUGGUCAGUUGGAGUUCCAUUAUGAGAAUGCAAGCAAUGCCUAUUGUCCACCAGGUUUGCAGCCAGUGACUUUCAUGACAUCAGAGUCCAGUUCCACACCAUUAGUUUCUUCAUGA